UUUGUGCGGGGUGGCCAACGUCUCGGGAGUGCGACGUUUCAAUUGACUUGUCAUAUACGACAUUUCGGAGUUCAGUAACGACAGUUCGGUUGCGUGACGUUUCGGACACGACAGUUCGGGAGCUGGAAAAGCACGAGUGAUGAUUAUAGGAGCACCAUAAUGAAGAUUGGCUUCUUCUCAAUCCCCCCUUCGAGGGAAGGCGAUAGUUAGGAGCACCUGAGCUAAGAUUGACGUCCCCUCAAUUUCAAUCUUCUAUCGUGUCGUUCUUCUCACAGACUAAGACAGAAGGAAAUCCAAAUAUGCCCAAAAUCAUCCUACAUGUAGAUUUUCUAUAUCAACCAUUUCCAAACCUUCUUCUCCAGAGCCACUUGGGAAAUUAUAACCAAACCAGGCCAACAGCACCCGUGGGUGACGGGCUUUCACGUUUAUUCAAAUGAUGGGCCAUGCCCGCUUCAAACUGGAGAUAAUAACAAAAAUGCAAAUAUAGGGUGGGGUCAUUUUAAAACAUUCUUCUCAAGAACCAUUUGGCCAGGAAAGCUGAUAUUUACAUGAAAGCGUUCUGACAUAGUGCAGAUUGAAGUUUGUUAAAAACACAACCCCCGGAGGUAGGAUGGGGCCACAAUAGGGGAUCAAAGUUUUAUAUACAAAUAUAAAGGUAAAAUCUUCAAAUAUCUUCUUUUCAAGAACUACUGAGUCAGAAAAGCUGAUAUAUAUAUUAAAGCUUCCUUACAUAGUGCAGAUUCAAGUUUGUUAAAAUCAUGAUCCUGGAGAGUAGGAUGGGGUCACAAUAGGGGAUCAAAGUUUUGCAUAACUAAUAAAUAGAAACAAAUCUUUAAAAAAUUCUUGGGACAAAGAAGUUUACAUUUGCAUGAAAGUUAAUCCUGACAUAAUGCAGAUUCAAGUUUGUAAAAAUCAUGGUCCCCGGGGGUAAAAUGGGGCCACAAUAACUAAGGAUCAAAGUUUUACAUGCGAAUAUAUAUAAAAAGUCUUUAGAUAUGAGCCAAGGUGACUCAGGUGAACGAUGUGGCGCAUUGACCUCUUGUUUAAUAAUUUCAAUAAUCAACUCCCCAACCGUCGUCACCGAACUCCCGAAACGUUGCAUCAGGUGCCGAACAGUCGCGUACCCGAAAUGUUGCGCACCCAAAUUGUCGGUAAUUCUUUGUGCGUAAAAACAUUUUGUCAAAGCUCCAGAUUUGCGGCAUUUUGUUGUGAAGUAGAUAUUUGUUUUGCAAAAUUUUAACUUCAAUUCAAUUUAUUAACAGCAUCAUUCAUACAUUGGUAUGUAUUCAUUUAUAGAACAACAAAAAAGAUCAUGAAAUUGAAACAGUCUGUAUGUAGAACUUUGUGUCAUACUAACAGAUCGGAUCGAGUUGUCACAUUUGAUCUACUGUCUAUAUUUUUUUCAUCAUGGAGAGCUCAGCAUUGGAGUUAAGGAUGAUCAUCACUGUUGUUUAAUACCCUAGAUUAGCGCCCGACUUGAUAGAAGGUAAUGGCGAGUUCUUAUGAAUCAACGUCAGAGACAACGAACGCAAACAGAGCGUGUCGAGUUGUGCUCGGUCCCUGUACGGAUGGUCUACGUGACAUAUUGCGUCACUACGUCCCACCACACACAUUCCAUCAUGUCAUUAAACAAAACAAGCUUAAUCUUCCUCGACUUAACAGAGAUCAGCGAGACCUCAUCUUACCACGAAAUGGACAUUAUACAGGAAACUAUGUCGAUAUGGACAUUUCAUUACUGUAUAUCUUACUGAGGAAUAUAUCUAGCAUACCACCACACUCCAAUGGGUGGGGCAACGAUCCUGACCCUAGCGACAAGAGCGUCUCUGCCAACAUUGAAAGGAUUCGAUUGGUUCGGAAUCUUUGUGUUCACUCAUCUGAUCCAUCCAUGUCCAUCUCAGACUUUAAUUCCAUUUGGUCCACCAUUAGGUCUGCAAUGGUAGAUAUGGAUGCCUUCCUCAUGAAUGGAAACAAAUAUGAAAAAGAGGUGGAUUUCCUACAUAGCGAGUCGAUGGACCCUGAAAAUGACCUACAUUAUGAAGAAGAACUGAAGAAGCAGGUGGAGGAAGAUAAGACGACCAGGAAAAUGAUGGUCAGCCUUAAAAGGAAGUUCGAGGAAACUGCAGAGGAAACAAAGAAGUUGCAUGGUAAAGUAGUGAAACUAACCGAGUCCCCCAUCCCACCAAAUGUGAGAGAGCAAUACGAUAUUGAGGUUCAGAGAUGGAGAGAGGAAGACAAGCUUUACUACGAAACCCACAACUUCCCCUCAGUGAUGCAGAAAGUGAGAAACCAACCAUACGUAACAUUUGUCGGUGUACCUGGGUCUGGGAAGUCUGACACGGCUCACCACAUCGCCCUCAAGCUCCAGGAGGAAGGUUAUGAAGUUGUACCAGCCAAAGACAUCAGGAAGAUGGAGGACUAUGGUGACCCCAGGAAUCCGCAGGUUUUUGUUAUUGAUGAUGUGGUGGGUGUCUUUGGCCUCCAAAAAACUAAUUUAGAUGUGUUAACUAAUUAUGAAAAGAAAAUAACACAGCCUUUAAUGGAUAAGUCUCGAACUUUGAUGACAUGUAGAGAGGCUGUGUACAAUGAGACACUACCUUACAAAGCAUUCGUUACUAAAGAUGAGAAUGUGAUUAAGUUACACAGUUCUGACAAUGCAUUAGAUGACGAAGACAAAAAACAGAUUCUCAAGAAAUAUGGUUUAAAGGAAGAUCUAAUAUCGCCUGAAUUGCUGACAUCAACAUCUCACAUGUUUCCCCUUCUCUGUAAAUUAUUUUCAAAGGAAACAAAAUUCAAAGCUCUUGGUCCAACGUUUUUCCUGAAUCCAGUCCAAUGUAUCAGUGAUGAACUUGAUAAUAUGCAAAGACAUAACAAACUGAAUUAUGCAACACUUGUUUUGUGUAUGCUAAAUGAAAAUAGCAUCUCUAAAGACAUUUUAAAAGAUAGAAAAAAUGAACAUUUCAUGAAGAUGAAAUGUGAUACUUUGGAAAAUUGUGAAUUAGAAAACCAAACUGAUGCAUUCAAGUUUGUGAAAGCCUUGUCAGCAAUGGAGGGGACAUACACAAAACAGUGUGGUGCACAAUACACAUUGAUGCAUGACUCCAUGUUUGAAAUAUGUGCUUAUCAGUAUGGCAAACAGUUUCCUGACCAAAUGUUGUUGUAUAUGAGUAGUAGUUAUAUUGCUAAUUAUGUCAAGCCACAGACAAGUGAACCAGGUAUUGUUAACAAAAUGAAAGAGAAAAAGAGUGUUUCUCAAUCUAGUAAGGGGGGUGAGAGUAGCAAUAAUUGUGAAGGAAAAGAGAAGGAGAGCGAUGAUAAAAUCAAUGAGAGAGGGGAAUCGUUUGAUCUGUGUAUAAGGUUACGUGAGGAUCAGUAUCCACUGUUAGCAGAGAGAUUGUACAGAGACAUACAGAACAUGGAGCUGUAUGAUGUUUUCGGGAAUCAGGUUUUAAAACAACCUCAGGUGUGUUGGGCAUUUAUUGGUGUGUUAAAAACAAAGUCAUACACAGAUUUAAAAUCCUUAUUUCUGUCCAGUCAGGGAAAGGUAGAUAAGAUAGUGAGUAAACGAGGGUGUAUGGAGAAGGAGAGUAGGGAUAGGGGGGAGUGGAAUAUGUACAUGUAUACAUGUAGGAGACAAGUAGUGCUGUUGGAUCAGAGGCGGAAACCAGUUAAUGAGGGGAAAACAUGUUGGAAUGAAUACACUUGCAAUGUGAGAGUGAUCAGCUGGGUGAUUUUGUAUGGACAUAAUCAGAUAAUAGAGUACAUAGUUCAACAGACUGGACUACACAAUGAAAUAUGUGAAUUAUUUGAGAUAACAGGAAAUUCUUCACAUCAGUCUAAAUCUGGGAUAGAUACAUGUAUCAAACAGGAAAAUCAAAACAAUAGGUUAAAAGAAAAGUGUAGAUUACUUGUGUUGAGUUGUUAUAGUGGUGAUGUACAGUCAGUCAGACUUCUACUUCCUAUCUGUAAGAAAUCAAUCAAUGGGAUAGAUCUUAUCAGUAAAGAUAUGGUCGGGUUUCUUUUUUCACCUCUUAGUGCUGCAUGUUAUUCAGGGCAAGUGAGUGUGGUGGAGAAGCUGGUGAAGGCGGGAGCUGAUGUCAAUCUACAGAAUAGAUGGGGGGAUACAUCACUGACAGCUGCAUGUGAAGAAGGACAUGUGAGUGUGGUGGAGGAGCUGGUGAAGGCGGGGGCUGGUGUCAAUCUACAGAAUAUAUGGGGGGAUACAUCACUGAUAACUGCAUGUGGAGGAGGACAUGUGAGUGUGGUGGAGGAGCUGGUGAAGGCGGGGGCUGAUGUCAAUAUACAGAGUAGUUUGGGGGAUACACCACUGCUAGCUGCAUGUCAAAAAGGAAAUGUGAGUGUGGUGGAGGAGCUGGUGAAGGCGGGGGCUGAUGUCAAUCUACAGAUACCACUGAUAACUGCAUGUAGAAAAGGACAUGUGAGUGUGGUGAAGGAGCUGGUGAAGACGGGGGCUGAUGUCAAUCUACAGGAUAAUCCCGAGAAUACAGCACUGACAGCUGCAUGUAAAGAAGGACAUGUGAGUGUGGUGGAGGAGCUGGUGAAGGCGGGGGCUGAUGUCAAUCUACAGAAUAGAUGGGGGGAUACACCACUGAGAGAUGCAUGUGAAGGAGGACAUGUGAGUGUGGUGGAGGAGCUGGUGAAGGCGGGGGCUGAUGUCAAUCUACAUAAUAGACGGGGGGAUACAUCACUGACAGCUGCAUGUGAAGGAGGACAUGUGAGUGUGAUGGAGGAGCUGGUGAAGGCGGGGGCUGAUGUCAAUCUACAGAGUAGAUGGGGGGAUACACCACUGAUAGCUGCAUGUGAAAAAGGACAUCUGAGUGUGGUGGAGGAGUUGGUGAAGGCGGGGGCUGAUGCCAAUAUACAGAGUAGAUGGGGGGAUACACCACUGAGAGAUGCAUGUGAAGGAGGACAUGUGAGUGUGGUGGAGGAGCUGGUGAAGGCGGGGGCUGAUGUCAAUCUACAGGAUAGAUGUGGGGAUACACUACUGACAGCUGCAUGUGGAAAAGGACAUAUGAGUGUGGUGGAGAAGCUGGUUAAGGCGGGGGCUGAUGUCAAUCUACAGAAUAGACUGGGGGAUACAUCACUGAUAGCUGCACGUGAAGGAGGACAUGUGAGUGUGGUGGAGGAGCUGGUGAAGGCGGGGGCUGAUGUCAAUCUACAUAAUAGACGGGGGGAUACAUCACUGACAGCUGCAUGUGAAGGAGGACAUGUGAGUGUGAUGGAGGAGCUGGUGAAGGCGGGGGCUGAUGUCAAUCUACAGAGUAGAGGGGAUACACCACUGAUAGCUGCAUGUGAAAAAGGACAUGUGAGUGUGGUGGAGGAGCUGGUGAAGGCGGGGGCUGAUGCCAAUAUACAGAGUAGAUGGGGGGAUACACCACUGAUACUUGCAUGUGAAAAAGGACAUGUGAGUGUGGUGGAGGAGCUGGUGAAGGCGGGGGCUGAUGUCAAUAUACAGAGUAGUUUGGGGGAUACACCACUGCUAGCUGCAUGUCAAAAAGGAAAUGUGAGUGUGGUGGAGGAGCUGGUGAAGGCGGGGGCUGAUGUCAAUCUACAGAUACCACUGAUAACUGCAUGUAGAAAAGGACAUGUGAGUGUGGUGAAGGAGCUGGUGAAGACGGGGGCUGAUGUCAAUCUACAGGAUAAUCCCGAGAAUACAGCACUGACAGCUGCAUGUAAAGAAGGACAUGUGAGUGUGGUGGAGGAGCUGGUGAAGGCGGGGGCUGAUGUCAAUCUACAGAAUAGAUGGGGGGAUACACCACUGAGAGAUGCAUGUGAAGGAGGACAUGUGAGUGUGGUGGAGGAGCUGGUGAAGGCGGGGGCUGAUGUCAAUCUACAGGAUAGAUGUGGGGAUACAUCACUGACAGCUGCAUGUGAAGGAGGACAUGUGAGUGUGGUAGAGAAGCUGGUGAAGGCGGGGGCUGAUGUCAAUUUACAGAAUAGAUGGGGGGAUACACCACUGAGAGAUGCAUGUGAAGGAGGACAUGUGAGUGUGGUGGAGGAGCUGCUGGUGAAGGCGGGGGCUGAUGUCAAUUUACAGAAUAGAUGGGGGGAUACACCACUGAGAGAUGCAUGUGAAGGAGGAUAUGUGAGUGUGGUGGAGGAGCUGGCGAAGGCGGGGGCUGAUGUCAAUCUACAGGAUAGAUGUGGGGAUACACUACUGACAGCUGCAUGUGAAGGAGGACAUGUGAGUGUGGUGGAGAAGCUGGUGAAGGCGGGGGCUGAUGUCAAUUUACAGAAUAGAUGGGGGGAUACACCACUGACAGCUGCAUGUGAAAGAGGAGAUGUGAGUGUGGUGGAGGAGCUGGUGAAAGCGGGGGCUGAUGUCAAUCUACAGAAUAGACUGGGGGAUACACCACUGAUAGCUGCAUGUGAAAGAGGAGAUGUGAGUGUGGUGGAGAAGCUGGUGAAGGCGGGGGCUGAUGUCAAUUUACAGAAUAGAUGGGGGGAUACACCACUGACAGCUGCAUGUGAAAGAGGACAUGUGAGUGUGGUGGAGGAGCUGGUGAAAGCGGGGGCUGAUGUCAAUCUACAGGAUAGAUGUGGGGAUACACUACUGACAGCUGCAUGUGAAGGAGGACAUGUGAGUGUGGUGGAGAAGCUGGUGAAGGCGGGGGCUGAUGUCAAUUUACAGAAUAGUGGGGAUACACCACUGAUAGCUGCAUGUGAAAGAGGAGAUGUGAGUGUGGUGGAGAAGCUGGUGAAGGCGGGGGCUGAUGUCAAUUUACAGAUUAGAUGGGGGGAUACACCACUGACAGCUGCAUGUGAAAGAGGACAUGUGAGUGUGGUGGAGGAGCUGGUGAAAGCGGGGGCUGAUGUCAAUCUACAGAAUAGACUGGGGGAUACACCACUGAUAGCUGCAUGUGAAAGAGGAGAUGUGAGUGUGGUGGAGAAGCUGGUGAAGGCGGGGGCUGAUGUCAAUUUACAGAAUAGAUGGGGGGAGACACCACUGACAGCUGCAUGUGAAAGAGGACAUGUGAGUGUGGUGGAGGAGCUGGUGAAGGCGGGGGCUGAUGUCAAUUUACAGAAUAGAUGGGGGGAUACACCACUGAUAGCUGCAUGUGAAAGAGGAGAUGUGAGUGUGGUGGAGGAGCUGGUGAAAGCGGGGGCUGAUGUCAAUCUACAGAAUAGAUGGGGUGAUACAUCACUGAUAGCUGUAUGUAAAGGAGGACAUGUGAGUGUGGUGGAGAAGCUGGUGAAGGCGGGGGCUGAUGUCAAUUUACAGAAUAGAUGGGGGGAUACACCACUGAUAGCUGUAUGUAAAGGAGGACAUGUGAGUGUGGUGGAGAAGCUGGCGAAGGCGGGGGCUGAUGUCAAUUUACAGAAUAGAUGGGGGGAUACACCACUGACAGCUGCAUGUGAAAAAGGACAUCUGAGUGUGGUGGAGGAGCUGGUGAAAGCGGGGGCUGAUGUCAAUUUACAGAAUAGAUGGGGGGAUACACCACUGACAGCUGCAUGUGAAAGAGGACAUGUGAGUGUGGUGGAGGAGCUGGUGAAAUCGGGGGCUGAUGUCAAUCUACAGAAUAGAUGGGGGGAUACUCCACUGACAGCUGCAUGUAGUGAAGAACAUAUGGUGAUAGAGGAGCUGGUGAAGGCGGGAGCUGUUGUCAAUCGAGAGAAUAGAUGGGAGUAUACACCACUGAGAGCUGCAUGUGGAGGAGGACAUGUGAGUGUGGUGGAGGAGCUGGUGAAGGCGGGGGCUGAUGUCAAUCUGUAGAAUAGAUGGGGGAAUACACCACUGAUAGCUGUAUGUAAAGGAGGACAUGUGAGUGUGGUGGAGGAGCUGGUGAAGGCGGGGGCUGAUCUAUAUGUAGAGGAUGUUAAACGGGAAUACACCACUGACAGCUGCAAGUAG